GGGAAGACUCCGCGGAGUUGUAAGCUAUUUUUCCUUCGCGUUUCACUCGUUCGACGCGUGAAGAAUCCACGCCAUGCUCUCGGUGCUGAGUAGCGGCACCAUCAACCUGACGGAGGAGCUGCACCGAACCCGGCAGGACUUGAUCGAGGCGCGUUUCGAAGCUGCGAACCUGGCGGAGGCCUUGGCCCAAAAGCGCGAGCGCUUCGUGGAGCAUUUGGAGUCCUUCUGGUUCGUGUUGAAGCACCAUCAAGAGCGAGUGCUGAAGAGCAGGGUCUUCCAUGCUUUCGCCUUAGCUUGCCACCACUGGCAGAUGCGUACCACUGCCACCACCAUGGCUGCUACGGAGGCCCUUGUGGAGUCCUCGCCUCGGGCACGCAGCAAGUGGCGCUGGCUUUGGCAAAAGAAGGUCUUCGGACUCUGGCGCCGCGCCAGCACCCUGGCGCACCGGUCACGCACGCGCGAGACGCAUCACCAAGAGCUGGAACAGCACAAAGGUUCCGUCUCGGAGCUUCGGGAACAUGUGGAGCGACUACAUGGUCGGCGCUUGGAUACGGAUGGUUUGCUGUUAACGGAGAGGACACGCGUGCGGGAGCUGGAAAGUGAACUUUCCUCAUGCAAGGAGCAAGUGAAGGAGUUGCAAAGCACCCUGAAGCAGUGCUACGUCCAGCAGUUCGAGGACUCGCAAAAGCGAGAGGAGCUGGAACGCCACUUCAGUAAAUUGGCCGAAGACUUCCGCCAGAUGAAGGCUGAGAAGGAGAAGCUCCACCAGGAGCUUUUGAAAACCCAAGUGGAGUUGCAGGACUCUAACCAGCGCGCGGCAGAGCAUCAGAGCCGCUUGAAGGAAGCGUCCUCUGAGCUUUGCUUGGCUGAGGAGGUCAUUGAUGACAUCACGACCUCGAAGCUGGUGGGGCUGCAGCGGUUUUUUGAUCAUUAUGACUUACCUUCAGUGUGUCUAAGUCUCUUUGGCAAGAUCCUGGAGCUUCAGCACCAGCUCCGUUCCACCGCCCGCAGCAUUCGCCCAAAAGGGGAGCGGAGUGCGGAGAAGGCAAUCGAGACUGAGGUGUGUCAGCAGCUUGCCAUGCAUGACCAGGUCUCGCGCCGGGGCCUCCAAGACUACAUCGAACAUUUGAAGCUCAACGUGUCCGCGAGUAUGGUGGCACAAGUCUUGCUGGCACUUCUAGGCUUGGACGGCUCGCCCUGCGAUCAGUUGCGCUUCACGCAGCUCUUAGCCCAACCUCCCGCCUGGCGCCACCUCGAUUUCGCCACCGCGCUGUGGGGCUCAGCGGGGGAGCCGGCCGCGGCGGUGGUGCAGCAGCAUCGCAACAAGCUCCGGUCACCCAGGAGUCCAUGAAGGGCCUCAGUAGUCAGACGGAGGACCGAGAAAGCGGAGUCCUUGGGGCGGCGUUUCUUCGCCUCAAAUGAGGCGUUAGGAGACCGUCUCACACUAUAACCGGCCGAUGUCGAAGCGUUGGCGUGGG